UUGCUUCAAUUGCCUAAUUAUCGUUUUCCCUUACCAUCCAAUUUUUGUCCUAAAAAACUUGUUACACUCAAGAUGCCACAGAGUCGCAUUCAAUUAGAGAAGUUAUUUAAGCAGGAGUUUCAAUUCCAGAAUUUGAAAAGUAUCAACCUCUAUGGAUGUGAUUCUAUUACAAAAUUACCUAAUUUGUGCACCCCAAACUUAGAGUACUUAGACCUUGAAUCUUGCAAAAAUUUAGUUGAGUGUCAUGAGUCCAUUGGAUUUCUUCAUAAGCUUCAAAUAUUGUAUCUUGCUAAUUGUGCAAAACUUCAAAAUUUUCCAAGCCAUCUCAUGUGGAAAUCUCUCCGCUGUAUGAAUGUUUCAUUCUGCUCAAGUCUUGAUCUUUUUCGUCUCUUAUGCGACAAUCAUGUCGCCAACUGUGAAGGUUUUUAUAGCUAUUGCGAAAGUCAUAUGCAUUUCUAGAUCUAAGCAAUGUUCAAAAUCUAGAUCUGAGUAAUGUUGGAAAUCUAAUUGAAUUAGAUUUUUUGAUGAAGUCUGAUUACUUUCUUGUAUUGCAACGUCUAUAUUUAAAUGAAAUCAAUAUUAUUACCAUCCCGGAAAGCAUCACUAAGUUUACUAGAUUAGAGACACUUGCAAUAAAAUGUUGUAAGUAUCUUCGGGAAAUUCCAAGGCUUCCACGAUCUAUAAGAAGAGUGUAUAUACUAAACUCCCAUUCGCUACAUCCACAAUCAUCAAACAGAUUGUUCAGUCAGUUUGGAGCAUUUUGGCAACCACGACAAUAUCCAUUUACUUCCGAGAAUUAUGUACUUAUACUACCUGGAUCAGAGAUUCCAAAGUGGUUCAAUCAUCAAAGUGUUGGAAAUUCCAUUUCAUUCUUGGUCGGUCGUGAUUGUGAUUUUCUAAAAUUUGUUUACUGUAUUGUUCUUGAACCGGAUGAAAGGAAUGAUACUGUUCAAGCCUGCUUGAAAUUUAAUGGGAUAAAGUUGAUUGAUUGCAUUUCUAUAGGAAUACGAGGGAUUACGAAUAUGACGUGUAAUCAUGUAUGCUUUUUUAAGUUACUUGCUUGUCCUUGGUUCCCCAUUUGUUCUAUUUCAAACACUAUCACGCCUUCCCCCCACCUCUUAAACUCUUGUUUGGAGCUUUCACAUUCGAAUUCAACGGAAACAACAUAUAAUGAUUUUGACUCUCCUUUGGAGGGCUCUCAUGAUGAUGGAUGUGAUUUGAGUUUGUCAUUGUGCACUUCUCCCAUGGGAAGAAAUUAUCCACCUCCUCAGCCUCAGGUCACUGUCCUUGAUGACACUAGCCACAUUUCUUUGCCAUCUAGUAUAGACAUUUCAAAUAAUAUGACAGACAUGUUCAAAUUACGCUUGGGUCUGCCAGGUUUGGGAAUUGGCUCAACUGUUAGUGAGGGGUUUCAUUUGGGUUCUUCUUCAAUGGCCCAUAACUUUGUCAGUGAUGAAGAUUCUGACUUCAAUUUGUAUUCUCCAUCGAAGAAAAUGAGAAAAUCUUGACCGAACUUGGAAGAAGAAAUAUGCCUCCAUCUGAAAAAGAACCUUGAAACAAUAAUCUUCUUCAUUGUUCCCAUUCCAUUUCUUUAGCAUUUGAUGCCAAGAUCUAAUCUUUUCAGAAGGAGAGCCUUACUCAGGAUUAUGAUUCCAAGUAUUGAAGGCAAAUGUACAUCCUCAAGAAUAGGACUCCUAGCUUCCGUACAAGUAUUGCUGGAACAAGUUGGAGAAUUGAAAAUUCUGAAUGACAUGAAAAAAUGUGACCACGGUAUUCAGAUUAUCCAGCACCAUGAUUUUUUCCUGGAUGAUUGUCUUGGGGAAUAUUUGCUUCUUUUUCCUAAAUUAUUGAAGUGUUGGCUUGAUAAGGAGCGUGCGGCAGUUCGACCUGAGCAAAGUACAAGUCAAUAUCUUUCAAGCAACAGUGCCAACACAGAAAAUUUAAGCAGCACAAGUAGGCCAGGGUUGAUUGAAAAUGAGGACAGGCUUCCUGGAGCUGUGCUGCUUGCAAGGGCUAGGCUUCUGGAGAGGUUGAGAGGGGUGCCUCUUUCUGCAAACAGUGAAUUUCUGCUGCUGAUACUACUGACAUCAUCCUCACUACUGCUGCUGCUGCUUGUGCUACUAUAGAUAUCGUUUGUUGCAACCUGCACAUGGUGAAGUGGGAGACCUUUGUUAGACCACCCUGAAUUAACGCUUGUUGAUGAUCGAGACUUGGGUACUCAAGCAUCAGCAGGUCAGUCAGCUGGAGGCUCAAGCAUUACUAGCCUGACCUCUCGAAUUGAGAGGCUACAAUUAUUGUUAAAACCGAAGAAGAAGCCACCUGGUCUCAGUCAGGAGGCUCUAGAUUGUUUGCACCUGGAGGUUUUCAGCAGCAAGGUUGAAGGGGCAGUAUCAAGAGCUUCACAGGAUUGUAAUUAUGUCUGGAGACAUUGGUGGAGGGAGGCCCGCUUAUACGCUUGCCAUGUUCCAAUAGCUUCCACUCUGCCUGCUUGGAUCCCUGGCUUCGAGCUUGUGGUGACUGCCCAUAUUGUUGCAGAACUAUAGUAACAAGUCACAACAAAGCAUCAAAGAAUUUGAUUUUUUUUUACUAGAAAUGUUUUUGUAAUCUGGGUUUUCCUACACGUGUGAAAGUUUUGGCACUGACCAAAUUUUUUGUGUUUUAUUGAUUUAGAUUACCUUUUGAUCU